AUGCCAGUGAAAUACUGCAUUGGAUGCCAUGAUGAUGGGAACAUAAUGCAACCUGGUGCGACACUCUUCAAUAAUGAUCUAGAGAGGAAUGGUGUGUCAACUGAAGAGAGCAUAUAUGAAAUCACAUACUAUGGAAAGGGAAGCAUGCCGGGAUUUGGUGAGAAAUGCAGGUCAAGAGGUCAGUGUACAUUCGGAGCUAGGCUGCAAGAUGAUGAAAUACAACUCCUAGCCAUGUUUGUGAAGUCGUAGGCUGAACAAGGAUGGCCGAACAUUGAAAUUUAUAAAGAUUGA